AUUAAUGUGACUGAUCCACUCGAUUCUCCAUGCAAUGGUCGGUCAUUUGCUAACUUAUUAGGAAGUGAACCGAGUAUCUGUUUGUGUUCCUCCUUCAAGUUUUACAACAGAAAAGCUUUGAGCUCUAUUUUUAAAGGUUAAUAAAGCUAGCUUGCAGUACGUUUCAAAAUAGCCAUACUUUUGCACUGCAGUGCCGAGGCGAAGUAGGAAAUUGAGCACCAUUCUAGCAAAACAAGAUUCGCGGAACCGUGGAUAGAUAAAGCGACAGAAACCAAAGCAAACUAAUUGACUUGAAAAUUAUUCUCGCCACAGUUCGCUAGUUCCAAAUCGGACCAUUCAUUGGUUUAAAAGUUGAAAGCUCCAACGGUACUGAUCACCAAAACACAACUAACGUGUCCACCGAACAGUUCAUCAAACAAACGUAGCAGACACGUCCAGCACUUAAUUUUUCCUAACACUGUUGGGCCGCUCACUUAUCCUCGUUUUCCCGCGCUUAGCAGCCUCAUCGCUCACGUCUGAUAACAGUCGGUCAAACCCAUGCCGUCACCUCGCGGUGUCUCUUCCAAAAGCUCUACGCAAACCGUUCCCGGUUCUUGAGUUCCGUUUUGCGCUGAAUUGUACUGCCAGAGCUAGAGACAAACAACGGCACUACGGCACACUUUCCUUGGCCACCAAACCAGCGCACCGUCACGUCAGACGCCGGCACGAAGUAGAAAGCAAACAAAGCGCCCGGCCGGGCGUACGUUUUCGGUGCUCGGGAAAACCAGAAAUCUUAAAACGAUUGGACGCACCGGCACUAAUUGGACGAAUAUAUAGGUCGAUGUCGGUGGCAUCUGCCUGUGCACCGUGAGAACUUAUCAAACAUGUCCACCGAUCGAACGGUAAGCGAGCGGGCGGACGAUGGGCUGCAACUGUCGGCACGGAUAGCCAAACCACCACCGCCCCUGCCAACGAUCCCGGAGGCGCAACAGGUUGGCGGUCCGCGUGACAAUCGUGACCAGCUGCGACAGUGCUUCAUACCGGCCGACGAGACCGGUUGUCUCGGGUUGCAUCUUAGCCGUACCCCGUGGGAUCCGUACCCGUGGGUAAGCGGGGUGGUCGAGGGGUCCUGUGCGGAUGUGGCCGGCGUGCGGAUCGGCGACUGUGUGCUCGAAGCGAACGGCGAGGAUCUGCUCGGGCUGAAGGUGAUCGAUAUCGCCAAGCGCGUUCGGGCUAGAAAAAUCUCCCGCACUAAUCCGGCCGGCGUAAGGCUGUUGCUGUGGAAUUCGGGCUUUGAGAAAAAUAACCUGAAUCCACAGUCACUGGCGCGAUUCGCCAACUGUCUGCAGGGCAUUGCCGGACUGCUCGAGUGUCCGAUCUGUUUGGAGAUCAUCCGACCUCCUUCGUGGCAAUGUCACCACGGGCAUCUGAUCUGUUCGGGCUGUCGCUCGAGGACGACCAAGUGUCCGAUCUGUCGCGAAGUUCUGGGCCGUGGUCGAUGUAUCGUGGCGGACAAGCUGUUUCACUAUCUGGUGCAGACCCUGGGCCGUGAAGCGGACCAGCAGCAACACCCGGCACUGGACCCGAAAUCACAGGACCGGCAGCAACAUCCGCGCCCGACAAACAUCUCCGGACGGCUUCCGCUGGAACGCCGUGAGUACCAGCAGCGUCCAUCACAGCAGCACCGACCACAACCGACGCCACAGCUCACGCACAAGCACGCAUUCAAAUUGAAAGCAAACAUCGUCCCUAAUGGCACGCCGGCAUCAUUACUAGCGUCCCCGGUGACGACACCGGCGCCCAGCACACCGGCCACGCUUCACUGCCCUUCCGGUCAGCCGUGCGCGAGGAUGAAAAAUCAACAUGACAUCCUGAUCCAUCUACAGAAAGCGCACCAAACCAGCGUCGUGCAGUACUACUGCACGGCCGACGAUGCAGUGGACGUCACGCUGGCCGAUGGCGGGAGCUCGCUGGCCUGCGUGGUCCUGCUACCGAGCGCAUCGUUCAAGGGCAAUCACAUGUUCUUUGUGGCCAAGUUUCGCAGUCUGGAGGAACCGAACGAUACGCUCUGCUGGCUGUGGCACCUGGGCACGGAGCUCGAGAGCGGACAGUUUCGGGUGCAGCUGUUUCCCAUCGCCGCGGAUGAUCGGCAAUCGAUAAAGGCUGGCUGCUGCUGGCUGGGACGUCCGGUUCCGCUCGAGUGGGGCUGUCAGGAGAUACUCCGAAGCCGGCAAUAUACGCGAAUAAAGCAGGAAGCUUGUCGGAUGCGCGUUUGCGUCCGAGUGCACGAUGCCACCGAUCCCACCGGGACAUAAAGCAAUGCGGCCGACCGAUCCUCCAGGGAACACACUUUUGCGCUGAAAAGACUGACCAUUGGUUUAGCGAAUGGAGCCGAAUGGAAACAUCGGUUGACGACAGUGGAACAAGAUCGUUACCAUCCUGUUGGACGUUUUAGGGCCGAUGGAGACUUGUGAGCCGAAGCAUUUGUGAUCAUUACAUGACAAUGAAAGAGGGGAGAAAAAACUAUUAGCAACUAAGAGAAAUAAAGAAUGUUUUGAUGUAGUAGCUUUACACUGCAGAAGGUGAA